UCAAUCUUUGCUCUGAACGCGUCUCACCACUUGAUCCUGCCCUCCACUAUAACGAUCUUUUUUCACGAUGGAAUCGAUUGAACGUCGCAGAAGAGAUUUUAAAAGCAAGGGCGUGUUGAAGCCUGAUGACCUCCGGCGUCGUCGAGAGGAGCAGCAAGUGGAGAUCAGGCGGCAAAAGAGGGAGGAAAACAUCUCGAAGAGGAGAAACUUCCUCCCUGAGUCGAUGGCUGAUUCCGAUGAGGAAGUCCAGUCCGGAACGUGGGAUCCUCCUCUGGCGGAGGAAAUGAUUGCCGGCGUGUUUUCAGACGAUCCUGACCGUCAGCUCGAUGCGACCACUAAGUUUCGCAAGCUUCUUUCCAAAGAAAAGAAUCCGCCCAUCGAGAAGGUUAUCGCGUGCGGCGUUGUACCCCGCUUCGUCGAGUUUUUGCGUGGAAACCACUCGUUGCUGCAGUUCGAGGCUGCGUGGGCCCUGACGAACAUCGCCUCUGGUACUGCCGAACACACGCAAGUCGUCAUCAACGCGAACGCCGUACCUGAGUUCAUCAACUUGCUGUCUUCUCCGGUCCUCGACGUGCGGGAGCAGGCGGUUUGGGCAUUGGGUAACAUUGCUGGAGACAGUCCACAAUGCCGAGACUACGUGCUACAGCAGGGAGCUCUCAGGCCAUUGUUAACUCUUCUCAGCGAAAAUCAUAAGCUCAGCAUGCUGAGGAAUGCUACUUGGACCCUGAGCAACUUCUGCAGAGGAAAGUCGCCCCAGCCUGAUUGGGAACUGAUCUCUCCUGCACUGACUGUUCUCACCAAACUGAUCUAUUCGUUGGACGAUGAGAUAUUGAUCGACGCGUGUUGGGCGAUCUCCUAUCUGUCGGACGGUUCAAAUGACAAGAUACAGGCCGUCAUCGAGUCCGGAGUCUGCAGGCGGCUUGUGGAUUUGCUUAUGCACCCGUCGACAUCCGUGCAAACCCCGGCAUUGCGGUCCAUCGGGAACAUUGUCACUGGCGACGACUUGCAGACCCAGGUAGUGAUUGCGUCUGGCGCUUUACCUGCAUUGCUUUCUUUGCUGUCUUCUCCCAAAGAGGGUAUCAGGAAAGAAGCAUGCUGGACUAUCUCGAACAUCACCGCCGGAUCGCCUCACCAAAUCCAAGCAGUGAUUGACGCCAACAUCAUACCUCCUUUGAUCAAUAUCUUGCAGCAUGCCGACUUUAAGACAAGGAAGGAAGCCUGCUGGGCCAUUUCGAAUGCUACUUCUGGUGGUCUCCAGGAACCCGCCCAGAUUCGUUAUCUCGUAGCACAAGGAUGCAUCAAGCCCCUUUGCGACCUACUCACUAUGAUGGAUAACAAGAUAAUCCAGGUUGCUUUGGACGGUCUUGACAACAUCUUAAAGGUUGGAGAAAUGGACAAACAAGCGGCCGGCCCGGGUGCGGUCAACCAAUAUGCACUAUAUGUUGAAGAAGCGGGUGGCAUGGUCACUAUCCACAACUUGCAGCAGCAUGACAACUUGGAGAUCUACAAGAAAGCAUUCAAUAUUAUGGACAAGUACUUCCCCGAUGAGGAUGAGGACGCAGGAAUCAGCAGCACUAAUGUGGAUUCUUCCGGCGCGUUUGCUUUCCACUCCGACGUCAACGCGCCCCAAGGUGGUUUCAAUUUCUCCCAGCAGUGAUUUGGGUCCUCUGGACCUCGUUCAAGAUUCCCGCUUCUUUCUAUCCUUGUUAUGUCCCGACGGUUUUCCUUUUCUCCCUGUUCCUUUGUCUGUCUCAGUCCGCUACACUUGCAAUACUUCCAGUUACUCGCAGCACGCAUCUCACGGCUUUGACUUCAUGAUUGUUGACGCAAAACAGCCUACAAUAUGUAUCUUUCGCGCUCAAGGCGCAUCAUCCAAUACGUCCAUGUUUUACAGUAGGUACCAGAGAAUUGUCGAAUCUAUGUGCAUGUAUUCCCACCCGCGCUCUCCAGAAAGUAAUAGAUCUGCUCUGCAUUGUACUAGAGGGUAUUUCAUUCCAUGAUCGAGCUACUAGCCUAUUGGCGC